CUUUGUUAUCGGACGUCGACAUGUUGCUGAAGUGGAGUCUCUUCCUCUUGGCGCUCUUUGUGGCGUCCUCCUCGCAGCAGCAGCAGCCGGGUGGGCGUCCCAGAACGAGUAAGGUUGCCAUUAUUGGUGCGGGCCCAGGCGGCACAAGCGCAGCCUUCUUCCUGUCAAAGGCCCAGGAGAAGCUCGAGGCGCUUGGUCGAGGAAGCGAGGGCUUCGACGUCACCGUCUUUGAGCGCGAAGAGAGAGUCGGUGGACGGACCGCGACGGUACGUCCUUACGAUGACGAGAGCCUGGAACCCGUCGAGCUUGGCGCCAGUAUCUUCGCCAGCGUCAAUCUCAAUCUCCAACGAGCUGCCAAGGACUUCAACCUCUCCACCGAUGCCAAGCUUGGAACCAAUGGGGCCAUUGGCAUCUGGGACGGCCAGCAAUUUCUUAUAGAGGGGCUCGACAACAGCUGGUGGAACUCGGCGCGCAUGCUCUGGCGGUACGGUUACUCGCCCAUGAAAACCAAGAAUCUCGUGGCGGAUGUCGUCUCAAAGUUUGUCAGGCUCUACGACCCCACCUAUCUACACAAGACCCAGGCUGCCGAAGGCAGCAUCGUCGCCACCACCGGGAGCGAGAACAAGACAACGAGCGGAUUCCCAUGGGCGUCAAUCGAAGACAUUGCCAAUGCUAUGGAGCUGAGUGGUCUGGUGGCUGUCGACGCAGGCGACUACUUUUAUGAGCAAGGUGUCUCCAAGCUUUUCGUUGAGGAGGUUGUUGAGGCCGCCAGCCUUGUCAACUACGGUCAGGAAAUCUAUUCUAUCCAUGGUGUCGGAGGCCACGUCUCCUUGGCCGCCAGUGGAGCAAAGGGCGUCCGAGGAGGCAACUCGCAGGUGUUUCAAGAAAUGCUCGGUCGCAGCGGCGCGCGCCUCAAGCUGGGCGUGCAAGGCGAAGUGACUGGCCUGGCGCGCUUCGACACUGUCGAGGAAGCCAUCAAGGCCGGCAAGCUGACGCAUGCUCAGGCCAUUGAGCGUGGCUAUGCAAACGAGAUGGGAGACAAAGCGACAAAGUGGUGGCUCGGCACAAAGUCGGGCUAUGGCGAUCUUUACGACUAUGUCUUUAUCGCUGCGCCGUGGCACUCGGCAGGUAUCACUCUUCUCAACACCCGGGCAGUGAUUCCAUCUGCAAAAUACGUUCAUCUCCACGUUACCAUUCUCGUCACCAAUGCCGAACAGCCAGACCCGCGGUACUUUGGACGAGGCGAAAAGGACAGUGUACCCACGACGGUCCUCACCAGCCACGCUUCGAUUCGCAAGACCAAGGCACCAUCUUCAAGUCCGUCCUUCCGUUCCUUUUCGCAGUCAACCCUGGCUCUUUUGGGCAAUCCAGUCGCUGCCAUUGCGAAUAUCAUUGCGGGAUGGUGGCCUGGCAGUGGCGGUGACAACGAAAAGAAGGGGCCUGUGAUUGAUUUCAAUUCGCUCAGCUACCUCGCAGAGAUUCCCGCUCGGCAAGGCGCAAAGGACGGCGAAGAGGAAUCACCAAAGGAGCACGUCGUCAAGCUUUUCUCCGAGAAGGAGCUCAGCGACGACCACCUCGAGGCCAUCUUCGGGAAGGGCAGGGUGCUGUGGACUCAUCGAAAGCAGUGGGACGCCUACCCGUACUUGACGCCGACACGCGAUUUUGCGCCGUUGCAAGCCGACGACAACCUUUUCUUCCUCAAUGCAUUUGAGAGACUAAUCAGCACGAUGGAAACGAGCACCGUGUCGGCGAGAAACGCAGUCGCAAUCGUUCUGCAGCGCAAGCUCGGCUUCGACUUUGUCCAUGGUGGCCAAGCCUGUCCUUGGGAAAAGGAAAAGUCUACGGACGACGACAACGACGACAACAAAUUCAACAAGAACUGGGCAGACUGGGGUUGCAAGAGCGGAUGAUGAUGCUUCUCUUCUGUUCCCUCGCCUUUUCUCCCUCACGCGUGACGCCUGAUCGUAUUCCCAGCACUUCUUCUCACCUUACUAUAUAUAUCUAUCAAGACUGGAUCGAAACUACUGCUGUCUUCGUCGUGCUCUCAGCUGCGGCAGCCAUCAGUUGUAUGAUUUGUGCGCGCAGUAUUGAGCGGAGCGUUCGGCGUCGGAUGAUGUUGGGAGAUGGGUUCAUGCCAGUAUGGGAGUCGGAGAAUGCGAGAGAC